UAUUUCCAGGCAGCCAAUUGUGCUCCCUAUAGACAACUACAACAUUGCGGAAAUGUUGUGGAACUUUGAUGGUCGUCCCCUACAACGACAACUCAUGAAAAACUCCAAAUAACAACAACAACACGAUUGCUUUGAAUUGUCGCGGCGCAAAAAAAUAAAGAAAAAAAAAACAGUUUAAAAUAACAAUUCCAACAGUAGCAGCCAACUAAAGAUAAAAAAGUAUUAGAAAACUUAAAAAAAAAACUCGCUAGUUAAACAAACAAAGCAAAAAACCACAACAAAUCCCAAAACAGUGCAGCAAACUAGCUGUGUUCAAUGUUUCCAAGCUCUUAGUGUUUGAAAAAAAGAAACAAAGAGACGUUUUUCCUAUUUUAAUUUAACUUUUACACAGAAUACGCAAAUCCUUACAAACCAAAAAAAAAAAAAAAACAGAAAACAAAGCAUUUUCCAGUGUGUAUUAAGUUUGUGUUUUAUGUAUUUUAAUCGCCGCAUUUGGUGGAUGUCUUUGCUGCCGAUGUAAUUUCCCAAAGCAGUGCGAGUAGCGGCACUCCUCUACGUAGUUUGGUAUUUUUCUCGUCCAAUACGAGGUACAUUUUUCGAGCGUACAUUGGUUAAAACUGUAUGACAUUACUUGGGCCUAGCGCCCCUGGUAUGGCCUUUAUGAUGAAAAAGAAAAAGUAUAAGUUCAAUGUUGAGGUACAAUUACAAGAGCUUUCCGAGGUGGCGCUGGUGAAUGAGGUGCUGUUCGCGAAAAUACGUCUGCUGGAUGGUGGUUCGUUUCAGGAGUACAGCAGUAGAGAGGAGGUACGCGAUCAUCGUGUAGCAUGGAAUCGCAGCUUCGAAUUUCCCUGCAAAAUGUCCGCCAAUGCGUCCACGGGCGUACUGGAUCCCUGCUACUUGCGUAUCUCCAUACGCAAGGAGAUGAAGGGUGGACGUAGUUAUUUUAAGUUAGGUUUUAUCGAUAUAAAUCUUGCCGAAUUCGCCGGUGCUGGACUAACGUCGCGACGCUUUCUGCUCGAAGGUUACGAUUCGCGCCAUCGUCUAGACAAUUCCAUGCUGCUGGUGUCCAUCAAAAUGCACAUGCUCAGCGGUGAUAUACUCUUCAAGGCCCCCACGCCAAAUUUGAAGAGUAAACAAAAACCCUCUACUGACGAUUUGUCUACAGCAUCUACAGGCGUCGGACUGCAAACGCCCACUGCAACAGCUUUGUCCAGCAUUGGCAGCGGUGUGGGUAGUGGCGCGUCCAGCGUCAGUGGCGGCAGUCAGGGCAUACCUGUUGGUGGCGGUAGUGGCGCUACGCUAGGCAGCGGACUCAAUAGCGCGACCAGCACGCGACCUGUAUCCACUGUGCGGGAUGAUGAUUUGGAUCCCCAAGUAGUCAUCGCAUCAAUUGUGACGGACUCUGGCUUGUCGGAAUCCUCUGAAUCGGCCACCACACUCACCACAGAAGCGUUACUGCUGCAGCAGCAACAACAGCAGCAGCAACAACAAUUUAUCACCUAUCCACCGCAAAAUUCGUUGGGCUCAACGACAACAACCACCGUCGUAACGCUAACGAAUGCACAACAAAUGCCGCCGUACGUGGGUAUUGGCGGCAAUGGUGGCAGUGGCGGCGGCGGUGGCGGCGGUGGUGGUGGUAGUGGUGCCGGUGGCGGUGGCGGUGGCGGUGCAGCAGGUAGCAGCGCAGGGGGUGUACUGGGUAUUGUGGGUAGCAGUAAUUGUGGUACGACCAGCGCUAAUGUGAUGGGAAGCGUUGGUGGUGGGGGCCUGGGAGGCACUACUACUGGAACAUCAGCGAUUAUGGAAAUGGGCCACUCGCGUAAUUCCAGCAACACUAGUCAAAUGUCGAAGGGUUCGGGCUACAGCAGUUUUUCGCACAGUCAACAUUCGAGGCAAAGCUCUGAGGGCGAUUCAGGGCAUGCAAGCAGAUUCAGCAAAUCAGUUUCUCUCCUUAAUAGACUCAAUCAGAAAACCGCCAACGCUAUGAAGCUGAAUAUACCAUCGUUGAAUCAUCAACCGCCGGCGGAUACGAUCAGCGAGUAUGACGGCGAGGAUCUGCUUUUCCAGACACCCAAUUCUACCAUACGCGAUGAGGAGUUUCGUACGCCACUUAACGAGAUGCCCGUAACCUCAUCCGCUUGCUCUCUAUCCAUCUACGGCGAUAACUUUGUGUUGAACGCACCUUCGCCGACGUAUCGCAGCGUCGCCAGCAACAGCAACAGCCGUAGUGGCUCGCGCACCUCUCAGAUCUACGAAAGUGGCAGCGGCAGCGGUAGUGGCGGUGGCAGUGGUAGCGGCAGCGGUGAAUCAGGUUCGGAGGAAACCGCCGACGACUCUGGCUUGGAUGAGAAUUUCCAUACGCCGCGCGUAGCCAAAAUCAAAUCGAUGGAAAAUCUCUCCAUUAUCGAAAUGGAGUUCCACCGUGCAUCACAGGAAUUGGAUCGUAAUUCACCGCGCCGCCUUAAGUUGUUGGCUGAGCGUGCACAAAUACCAAAAAUUAAAUCGCUUAGCAAUUUAUGCCUAGAUGAUUACAGCGAGCAACAGGUGCGCGAAGAGUUGCUGCGCAUGCGCGAGCGCUCGCUGGAGGAAAAACAUCGCUUCAAUUUGCAGCAGCGCAAGAACUCUACCUCGUCGACUAGUUCGGGCAAGUUGUUUAUGAAGAACAAAGUGGGCAAUGCCAAAUUCAUUGGCAACGACGAUAGUCCACUGCCGCAGCAGCCGCACAGUCAACAGCCGCCUUCAUUCAUGCCACGUGUGCCACACUAUCCGAUACAGAAGAUGCGCUCUAUGGGCACCAUACCGGAUGUGGUGACGGAGCGCGUCGAACCCGAUCCCUUUCUCACGCCGACUUCGGGUCGCAAGCCGAAUUUCCCGCUGGUCACACAGUCGGCAGAGAAGCCUUCGCCGCCUUCAUUUGUUGCGCGUUUGCUUAACUAUGACGUCGUUGAUUCACCGUCAUCCUUGGCUGGCACAUCGAAUAGCCACAAUCCACAGCUACAACAACAUCACACCCAUGGCUCGCUAACGGAGCUCUAUUCGCAUGAUCGUGUCAGCACAUUGUUGUCCAAUGAACAGAGCGCUGCUGGCAUGUCCUUCAUGUCGCGCACACCGUUCGAGCGAGCCUACCGACGCACCAUGUUGAAGAGUUCGACGCCACUGCGACAAACGCUGGGCUACGUGCAGUACACAACGCUGGAGGAGCAGGGAAUACAGCUGCGCUCGGAUGGACAUCAACAACAACAACAACCUUAUGCUAUGGGCCAGCAGGAGGCGCUCUUAGUGCGUCCACACUCGACGAACACCGCCUACGAGUUAAUGAGGAACCCCAGUUCCGGUUCGUUAGUCAUAAGUGAAACAGGAUCUCUAGAUCGCAUGAAAAACGCGGCUGAAAAACGUAAAAAGGGGCCGCUGGAUGACGGACCCCGCGUUUCGGAUCGUGUCGAGGAGACGCGUGUCAAUCCCAAUUCGCUAAUUGAUGAGAUUUUGAAGGACACCAAAUUGGAUCAAUUAGCCGAAUCGGCGGAGACAUCUGGCCUGCAAUUGUAUAUUGCACGUGAUGGCACCGCAUCGCUGGGUAGUCAUGAGGUGAAAGCUCGCGUACCAACUGGCGCCUUCAAGCAGGUGGUCAUGAAGAAUCCAAGAUAGUAGCGUAAAUCGUAAAAUUGUAAGAAGCAAGAAGACUACAAACUACAUAACUAUGAUACCGCAUACAUAAAAAUACAUACAUACAUACAUACAUACAUAUGUACGUGUAACACAGCAACCGCAGCAACAGUAUAGUAAACUAGUAAAGCUACCACAGCAGCAGCAGCAGCAGCAACAAGAAAAGAACGAAAAGAAAAAAUAAUUAAGAAAAAUGCAAAACUAAAUAAUAAAUAAAUAUAAAAUUAUUUAUAGAAUAAAAACAAUCCAAAUGCUAAAGCUACAUUAACUAUAUAUAAUGCAAUGUAAGCCAGCAAGCCAGUAAAAAAUAAGCAGCAAAAAUUGUACGAGCAGCAAAAAAAGAAAUAAGCCAAUCUACUAAUUAGAGAAUUUAAAUCAAAACAUGCAAACAUAACCAUCUACAGAUUUGUAAACAUUCAUCACACACUUCAUUCAUCACAUAGCCUCAAGUUAUAAACUCAACGGUAGCAUCUCAAGACAUUUAAGUUUUUAUGUAUAAGCGCGACCGAACGGCAGAUUACGAAAACCGAACGCGAUCGCGAACGUAUGAAAGAGUAAAAUGAAAGCCAUCCAUCCAUCAUGCACUCACAUUUUACAUCACCAUUCACCUCAAGCCACCACAAAUUCGAUUGAAACUGCAAAAAGUAAUCGCGCGCGACUUUAUAAGCCGACAACAAAGCUAAAAAAAAAAACAUUCGUGUAUUCUCAAUACCCGUAUACAAAACUUCAACGAGCAGGCGCUUGAUUGACAUGUAGUCUAUAGAAAUGCCGAGUAAAGUAUUCGUGUGACAGUAUCACAAAGUUCGUGCAAAACACAAUUCGACAAGUGAGUUAUAAAGAAGUAGUAGUUGGUUUAAACGGAGUAGUGUAGUAGUUAGUUGGAUACGACUUACGUUUUGGAAAUUUAAGAAUUUAUUAGCGGUCUCCCUUUAAAUGGAAAAGAGACUCAAAAGCCUCCAAGCAUUGACUGAACUUUCAAAAUUUGUAUGAGUAAUAUUUUCGAGUCUCAAACUUUUCAGUUCUUCGAGUGUGUGGGGAUCGGUCAAUCGUAUAGGAAUUUGUUAUAUAGGCAAAAGGCUACAAGUUUAUGAAAACAAAUCUCUACAUAUGUUCGACAAGUUUCGUGUGAUCUUCGUUGAUUUCAUUUUAUUAGUAGAAAAUAUGUAGGGCCGUUAAGAAGCAUUACAGUUGCGUCCUGGAAAUAAGAAAAUUACAAUUACAUAUUUUUUGAAGUGACCUUAUGGCAAGCGUACAUACUUCCAGAUCUAAUAUUUAACCGACUCUCUUAAACUUGAAAAGCUGGAACACUCGAAAUUCUGAAAUGUUUUCAUACAAACUUUUGACAGUUUCGAAAAAUUUUCGAGACCUUAAAGGUUUUUGGAGCAUUUUUACCGUUUAAGGAAAUGCCUUUAUUAACUUGUAUUGUAAAAAUGAGUAUUCUUCUGAAAAAUAUCUAUAUACCGGGUAGGCUCUAUUGACGAUAUCCAAUAAAAAUUCCUUAUUCCAAAAAUAAUGAAACAGAAGAGGUUUGAAAUCUAACUUUUCGGAUUUGUGGAUUUUUCAACAAGAAUUCAUAGUUAUAGGAAAAAAUUUACAUGCUCUUAUCUCUUUAGGCGAAAAACUCAUCUCCUUUUAGGUUUACAUUUUUGAAGCGAGUGUUUCGUUUGUGAUCGUGAUUGUUCGUUUUUUCGCGUAAUCUAAUAGGCUUCCUUAUUAAUAAAGCUAUUAUUUCAAACAUAACCACAAAAAUUCAAAAUUUUACAAUUAGCAAAUUUUUAGACUAUCUUCAAAUUUCCAAAAAAAAGAAAACCCCUACAAAACGCGAGGAUUCAACCCGGAUGUCUAUAACACUUUGGUGAUUUUAAAUAGUCUAGCAACUGUUAAUCAAUUUCUGUUGUUGUAAUGUUUUUUUGUUUUUUUUUUUUUUUGUUAAGUAGCACAACAUGUGAUGUGAUGUGCUGAUUUAGCUUCCAUGACACUAAAUUUGUCGUGAAUUUAAUAUUUAUUAAAUUUUUUCAAGAUCAAGAGUUUAAUCAACCGUACGUUCGAUUUUGCUACGCAAUAGAAAUAUUGGUAUGCUGUUAUCCGCUUUUUCGUAUCGUUAUUUCGAAAUUCGGUGGCCACUUCGGUAAUUCGUAAUGUUCGUAUGACAGAAUCCAACGUGGCUGUCAUUUUGAAGAAUUUUGCGGAAAUUUUGUAUGAAGAGUAAAUGGUGUCGGAACUGAACGAGUUUUACUAGAAUAAUAAUACGUUUGUAAGCGCACAAAUAACUAAAAUUAUGUAAUCUAAAUAGUGCUUAAAGAGCGCCAAAUUCAAAUUAUGGCCGUUUCCAAUACCAUAUUGAUAAAUUCCUACAACGAAGCCACUGACGAAGAUUUUACACUUAGCCGAAACUGUUCCUCCGCAACACUUAAAAUGAAAAAUAGAGCAGUAGCAUCUCUUAACCAUUGCCUUUGCCCUUUUAUGCAAUUGAAUGGUCGCCGCGAAUAACGUUGUAAGUGACAAGAUUAUAAUUUUGCAGAAAUAAAAAUAAAAUGAGUUUAAUGACGCACAUAUGUAGAUAAGCUCAUUUGAUUUGGUUUUCUAUUUUUUCGGUACAGGACUAUUCAAUAAACUUGCUCUUAAAGUAUAAAAGUUUAAUGUAAAAUGUACAUUAUACUUUUAUAUCGGCAAAGUUGAAAGAAACUUGUCCGCUUACAACGUUAUUCGCGGCGACCAUUCAAUUGUUCCCAAAAAAGCUUAUGCAGCGACUAUGAAUCCAUAAUAGUUUUUUAAAACUUCCUUACAAAUUUCGCUCUUCACUUGCAAUGAUAUUUGUUUAUUUAUUUCUGUCAAAAAAGCUUUUCAAGAACUUCGAGCUUUCGGUUUUUGGUUGCCAAUGCAUACCAUUUUUAUAUUUUGCGGAGCGGAGCUACGACUUCAUAAUAUACUUAAAGUCGGAUUUCAGCAUAGGGGUGUUAAUUUUGUAGCAAGUACUAAAUUUGGUCAAAAAUUAGUAUCGCUUUGGACUUAAUACAGAAGGCCAUAACAAAAACAUUUAACUUUUUUCUCCAUUUAUUUCUAAAUUAUUAUUAUUUUUGGUAUACGGUAAGCGUGUCUUAAAAUGUGUGUGUUUAUCUGUUUAAAUAAAAUAAAAAAAAAACUAUUUUUUAGUGAGGAAUGAAAGUUAUAUCAAAUUGCUUACUAAUUUUGUCUGCUAAAUCUAUCGAAUGUAGUAAACUGUGUAGGUACUAAACAUUUUGGCAUUUGCUACAAAAAUGAACUGAAAUUUUAACGUUUUUUUCUCAAAUAAGAAAAAAAAAAAAAAAAAACAUAAAAGAAUAGCUGGGUUAAAUACAAAAACAAGCUACAAAUACGCGAAAAAAAAUACAAAACUAUUGAAACGAGUACAACUUUUGCUUGAAUUUAAACGUUCUUGUUCCGCUUGAUCGUUAGGAUCAUUUAGACUCUGCUGCUGAAAAUAUGCAAUUAAUACUACUAAUUACAUAGGCGUACAUGCUGUAAUACAAAGCUGCUGCAAAAAUUGUGAAAACUAUAAGUAAUAAUUAACUAGUUAAGCUAUUUAAAUACAACAAAAAUACGCAGUGAAGAAAAACAGCGCGCGCAUCUACUUACAUACAUACAUACAUACAUCCAUACGUAUUAUAGCGCUGAGAAGAGCGAGUGCAUGCGUUAUUCAUUCUCAUAUUUCACUUGCAUUUUUGGCAUCUCCUUUGACUGUACGUCUUCUCAAUUCAAUUUUUUUUUCGCAUAUAAUUGCAUACGCUUACAUAUUUACAUACAUACGUUAUUUGAGAAAAGCCUUUAGAUUUUAUUUUUUUUUCAGUUAAAUAGCGAAUUUUAGGGUUAUCGUCAGGCAAAUAAAAACCGCUGAUCACAUUUCCUAUUCAUUUUACAUUUUAUGUUUUCUAAUUAUGUAUUAAAAAAAAAAAAAA